AUGUUUGCAUUAGAAAGUUUGGCAAGUGCUGGUGAAAAUUAUGAAAAUAGCAUCCAUGUGAAAAAAGGUUGCGAUUUUUUAAUUUCAAAGCAAAAAGAUGACGGUGGAUGGGGCGAAUCUUAUAAGUCCUGCGAACUUGGAGAAUAUGUCCAACACGAGCAAUCACAAGUAGUUAAUACUGCUUGGGCAGUACUUGGGUUGAUGAAAGGCAAAUAUCCUGAUGAAGCUCCUAUACGUCGUGGGGUUGAACUUAUUAUGUCACGACAACUAGAGACAGGUGAAUGGAAACAAGAAGCAAUAGAAGGAGUAUUUAAUAAAACUUGUGGUAUUAGUUAUCCAAAUUAUAAAUUCAUAUUUACCAUAUGGGCUCUGGGAAAAUAUGCACGACUAUACAAUAAUCCAAUCAUUCAAAAAUGA